AUGAUGAUACCUUAUAAAGGUCGUAAAGCAGGUAAACGAAAGCAGUACAUAAAAAUGAAACCUAAGAAAUGGGGGUUUAAGAAUUUUGUCCGUGCGGGUGUUUCGGGUAUCAUCUACGAUUUUAUUCUGUAUGGUGGCGACGAUACCUUUCGUGGACUGACUUUUUCAGAGAAAGAAGCUACAAUUGGUUUAGGAGGUAUGGUAGUGCUUGCAUUGUGUCAAACUAUAAAGAAAAAGCCGGCCAUUGUGUAUGCUGAUAACUUUUUUAUGUCGCCUGAACUAACAUAUAUUCUGCGGGAAGAAUACGGGAUCCUUAGUCUAGGAACAAUAAGGACUAAUCGUCUCAGAGGCUGUCAAGAGUUAUUGCCAACUGACAAACAAUUAAAAAAGAAGAAACGCGGUUCUAGCGCCCAGGUGGUUUGCAAUAAGAAUAAGUUGGCAGUCGUAAAGUGGAACGACAAUAAAGUGGUUACACUUAUUAGCACCUACAUAGACUCGUACCCCUUAGAAACAAUCAAACGAUACGAUAAGGAUGAGAAAAAGAAAGUAGAUGUAGAAUAUCCUCAAGUGGUCAAACAUUACAACAAACAUAUGGGAGGGGUCGAUUUAGCAGAUAUGUUGAUAUCGUUAUAUAGAACUCCCUUCAAAAGUCACCGUUGGUACUUGGGAAUAUUUUCACAACUUGUUGAUAUGUGUAUAAAUAACGCUUGGCUCCUACAUAGAAGAGAUGGGAAGAAGACUUCAUUGAAAGAUUUCAGAUUUGAAUUGUUUGAUGGGUUGUCUAAGUCUAAUAGAAUAGGAACAAACCAAAACGUUACAGACGAUAUAGGCGAGAAUCUGAAAAUCCAUAAACCAGUCUCAGUCCGACCAACUGAUAGCGUCAGAUUUGAUAACACAGGUCAUCUUCCAGAAGCAGGUAAUGAAACAAUGCGUUGCAAAUAUUGUAAGAGUGGAAGAACAUCUGUCUACUGUAUAAAAUGUAACGUACAUUUGUGUUUUGUUGUGGGAAAAAUAAAACGUAAUUGCUUUCGUAAUUUUCACCUAAAAUAAUAAAGAAUAAUUUAAAUA